UUGCAUCGUGGCCGAAGGUUUCUGGCUUCCACCUUCUUUUUCGUUGGUAUUUUUAUGCUUUUUCCGGAUUAUUUCAUCUGAAACUGAUGUGGAUCAUUUUUUGUUAACAGCAGACAAUUCUUCAUCAUAAAUCCUUCUGAUAUCUCCAUUAUAACACUCAGAACACGGCGUUUCCAUAAUCCGGCGCGAAGAUGGGAGGCAAGGAUGAUGAAUAUGAUUAUCUUUUCAAAGUGGUAUUAAUCGGGGAUUCCGGGGUGGGGAAGAGUAAUCUGUUAUCGCGGUUCACACGCAAUGAAUUCAACCUGGAGAGCAAGAGCACCAUUGGCGUGGAAUUCGCCACGCGCAGCAUCCAGGUCGACGGAAAGGUUAUUAAGGCGCAGAUCUGGGACACGGCGGGCCAGGAGCGAUACCGAGCCAUUACCAGCGCGUAUUACCGCGGUGCAGUCGGAGCAUUAUUAGUUUAUGAUAUUGCCAAGCACAUAACGUACGAAAACGUGGAACGAUGGCUCAAGGAACUACGGGAUCAUGCGGAUCAGAAUAUUGUCAUUAUGUUAGUGGGGAAUAAGAGUGAUUUGCGACACCUCCGUGCCGUACCGACCGAAGAAGCUAAGGCCUUCGCCGAGAGGCACCAGUUAUCCUUUAUUGAGACAUCAGCUUUGGAUUCGACUAACGUCGAAAAUGCCUUCCAAAAUAUUUUGACGGAAAUUUACAAGAUAGUUUCGGCCAAGGAGAUUCGUGAUAGUCCAACUGGUGGCGACCGCCCUCGCGAUGGAAAACCUAUUAUACCCAGCAUCCAACCAACGGAGCCCAAUCAAAACAAGAAAUGCUGCUAAAAGAUGAUUUUCCAUUGAUUGGACGACGACUGAUUUUCCUGGUGUCCUUGCAAACUGUUUUGAUACUUCAAGCUGACUGUUAGCAUGAACUGGGAAAAGAUGGUCCACGAAUGCGUGUUGUCUCAAUAUUUUUGCCCUUUUUUAAUACACUCCGACCAUACCAAUUUGGGCAAAUGCCUUUUCGUAACGACUGUUAAUUCCUUCUACCAGACAGGUAACAAUAUACGUUUUGCAAUUUAUUUGCACUGUUCAUAUCCAUACGUCUUUUACAUGUUUGCCAGUUAUCUGUUUUGUUUGAUGGUUCUGUCUAAUACUGCGCUGCACAUUCUGGAUUUGAUUUUUUUGCAAAGUUUUUUAGAAAAAAUGGUUUUAAUAAUUAAUAUGACCGCGAAUA